CUAAAGAAAGCCAGAAGGUGUGAAGUGAACUUUCUUCCAGACAAUCCUGAAGGGCAGACUGACGAAUCACAAGAGAGGGAAAGGAAAUUAAUACAGGAGGAAGUUCUGAAAAGACUUCCAAACAAGACCCUGAUCGAAUCGAAAAUGGAAGCUACUUUUUCCCUACGCAGGAAGGGUAUUGUGGAGGAAGAACCGCCUAUUGCUGAUGUGUUGGAGAAGUGGCCAGCAUUGUUUUUGGAAGAACAGAUAUAUGCUGAGUUUUUUAGAAUCACUCAAGUGGAUCUAAAGAAGACCUUCUUGACAUCUUUGGAUGCACACGCCUCAAACCUGAUAAAGCUUUAUAGAACACGUAGCGGGACACAAGGAAAGGACUUAAAGGCCCUCCUUGACAACCUUGAUGAACAGACAACCGAUGUGCUUGCACAAAGGAAGGCCACAGCUCUACGAGGUCUACCUCUCUAUUUGAGGGAGAAUCCAGGCAACGUCCUGAAGACAUGUCUGGAUACAGACUCGGAGGAAACGUCCGUUGCAGGUGUUCAACUUGGCAUAGUCACCAUUGUUGAAGAUGAUGUUGGGAGAGCUCACUCAAUGCCCAGAACAGUCAACAUUGCCCUUGUCAUCGAGGAAAAGGUCGUUGUGGAUAACAUCUCUGACAUCAGUACAGCCAUUGUACUUCUCUUUGGAUGCAUCUACAACCUCAACCUGGACUACCCCAAAGGAUUGAAGUACACUUUUGAGGCCCUUCAAAAGAUUUUUAUGAACCUUGGCACAGAGUGUUCUGCCCGUGUUCAGGCUCUGAAAAACAACUUGUUAAAGUAGCCCAAUACCAUGACACAAGUUCUUAAGUUCAGUGAUAACUACACAAGUUUGUGUAGUUUGUGUAUUUUUUUAUAAACCUCUGCACAGAUUGCUCUGCCUGUGUUCAGGCGCUGAAAAAAAACUUGUUAAAGAAGCCUGCCACCAUGAACACUUGCGCACAUAGACAUGUCACUUUAUUCCUCAAAAUAUGUUUUUAAGUUCAGUAGUAGCCACACAAAUCACAUGUUCCCAUUUGAAGUUAGUGUUUACUAACUGCUGGAUUUGUUUAUCUCUGCAACUAAACACGUUUGUGUCUUGUUACACGUUUUUAUGGAUGCGCUUUCUAUAGACAUGUCACUUUAUUCCUCAAAAUGUUUUUAAGUUCAGUAGUAGCUACACAAGUUUGUGUAGUGUUGCUACGAAUCCCAUGUUCCCAUUGGAAGUUAGUGUUUACUAAGUGCUGGAUUUGGUUAUCUACAUCUCCUAACAUGUUUGUGUCUUGUUACAUAUUUUUUUUAUGGAUGCACUUUCUUCACUGCUGGGUUUGGCCAGUGGUUUCCUCAAGUAUCUGACUAACACAUGUUUUGUGAUUCAUAGUGUCAUCAUACUGUUUUCUAUAUUAUAGCUAAAGUAUUGAGAGCUGGUUCUGCACUUUGUUAUGUGUUUACAUAUCUAUCUUUGAAAAUAAUUGUAUAAUGAUACCAAGUUCACUUAAGUAUCGCUGCUGCUGCAAUUUCAAUGUUGCCUUUUUUGUAGUUAUUGGAUGUAUAUAAUGUUAACCCCUGUGUUCUUAAUAAACAGAUUAUUUAUAGAA